CUGGUGUCAGUAUCAUGUACUGGACGUUAUCAUAGUAUUUGGUUAUUAUUGUUUGUAACACUUAACAAAGGUUCAAAGUCAUUUAUAGCUUGAAUGAGGACGUAUGGUAUUAUUAUGCGCAUAUAAACGUAAACAGUUUAAAUCUGUGAAUUAUCAUAAUUAUACAAGUAUUAAACGUGUGACAAGUUUAUAUCAUUGUCUGCCUGGAGUUUAUGCCCAUUUGAGUAAUACGUGUACACUCUCUUACACUGCGGCUCAUUACAUUCAUGUAUGUUGAUGCACGAACGACAACUCGGCUAGGAGAAUGAUACGUGUACUGUAGGCAGCAAUAAAUAGCUCAAACAAAAUGGCGACACCUAUCAAUACAAGUUCAGAUAUUAUUAAGGAUCAUCUGUGUGUUGCUUGUGAAAGUAAAAAUCUUGAAGAAAUUGCCGAAUUGUAUUGUGCAACUUGUCAGAAGUGUUUUUGUGAACAAUGUUAUAAUCUUCACAGCCAAUUGUAUGGUAACCAUUCAACAUAUGGGAGAAAAGACAUGAGUAAGUGGCCGCUCACGAAGAACGUGGAGGACUUUCUACAGAAAUGUGACAUUCAUAAAGAAAACAAACUGGAGAUGUUAUGUCAGGACCACAGUCAGUUGUGCUGUACCAAAUGUGUUCUUCUUCAGCAUAGAGAGUGUACAAGUGUCACACUAAUUUCUGAGAGAUUUCAAGACCAACCGAAUGACCUACAACAACUGUUUGACAAAGUUAACACUAUUCGUGAAGAGUUAAAUAAGCUACAUAGUUUCAGAGAGGGAAGCAUUCAGUCUGUGGAGGUUUCGUAUACUGAACGACUGCAAGAAAUCAGAGAAGUACGACAGAAGCUAAAUGCUGCUUUAGACGCAUUAGAGAAAACUACCCUCAAAGAACUGGAUGAUUUGAGAACUUCACUGAAAACCCAACUACAUACUGAUCUUGAAAAUUGUAACAAGUUAAUGGAAGAUUUGAACAAACUCAGUGAAGCUGUUCUAGAACUUUGUGGGAAGAAUAACCCGGACAUGUCUUUCAUAGCUAACAGAAAAGGCAUGGACAAGAUAAAGCAGUCUGAAGGAUUUCUUAAGGAGAACUGGGUUAAGGUGGCAAGUACGCUGUCAUUUCAAGAUAACACAUAUAUUGAGCAAUACUUGUUCAAACAUUUGGUUCUUGGAAAGAUUGUUCAAAGAGCCCAAUCCUUGACUGCGUUAGGGAACCCAAAUCAAGUAUUGAAUGUGAAACAAACCAAGGAAUAUGAUAUAGGAAUACCGAAUGACUCAGAAACGACCAGCAAUAUUAUUGGCAUCUGUGUUAUCUCUUGUGAUAAACUUAUUGUUGCUGACGGAAGCUGUCAAAUGGUGAACCUUCUGGACAAUCACUACAAGGUGAUCAGUCAUUGCGAUGUCCGUGUUUCUGGUGAUAUCUGUCAGAUAAGUGCCAGUGAGGUUGCAGUUACAGCGGCGGAGGGUAAAACUUAUGGGAUCCAGUUUAUCUCUUUGCAUUCUGGGAAGCUCCUGAAGGGCAGGAGACUUGAGCUACGACAUCUGUGUGAUGGAAUUGCACACCAUGACGGCCACCUGUAUGUCACCUCCCGAAGUGCGCUGUACAAGUACUCUUUGACCGGGGAACUUGAGAAAAAGCUUUAUGAAGACCUAAGUGGUGGUAUCACUGUGGGGCAGUGUGCUGUGAGUCCGACUGGUGACAAAAUUUAUGUUACCGACUACAACCGGCAUCAGCUUCUCACCCUGAGUCGUGAUGGGACUUUGCUCUCUACCUUUACGGACCAUGAACUUCAAAAUUCAUUGGGCGUUCAUGUGACACCUGCAGGACAGGUCCUCGUAUGUGGAUACUCAUCCAAUACUAUAAUACAGGUAGAUGAAGAGGGAAAGAGAAAGCUGGGUACUAUAGCUAAACAGAAGGACGGAUUGAACGGUCCAGUGUCAGUUUGCUCCAACAGCGCCACUAACUCAGUCAUUGUGGGGCAAUAUUACCAGACAAAAAUCAUCGUUUUGGAAGUUUAAUAUAAUUAUUUUAAGUAACAUUUACAAGCCAACACGCUUAAGAGACCACGAUAGCUUCUAUGUUAUUUAAAAAAAAGUUCAGAAAUGUCAUGUGUAAACAAGUGAAGGAAAAUAUAUUUCCCAUACAUAGAACGUUGAUAACGUUUUAGCAAUAUACAAAUAAGCUUAAGUAUUCUAUAUCCAAUAAAUUCAUCCAAUCGGCAUUCUUCAUAUGUACCACGUGACCGUCCAAUAUAUUCCGGUAUUGGAGCCAAAAAGUCUGGUUUUUUUCCAUAUUGGACAGUUGAGUACAAGUGCACUAAGCAAUUGUUUUAUAACGAUAAAAGCCGUUUCCGAGAAAAAGUAUCCGAAUGUACUAUAAUCGACUCACACGGGCGCUUGUCUUGAAAAUAGCAUAGAUGCAAUUAAAGCAUUUAAAAAUCAAAAUUAAAACGAAACAAAGAGCUGAAGAAAGGGAUAUAGAAUAAAAAGCUUAUUAGACGUUUAAACUGUACAAUACGUGAUAUAUUUGCACUCGCAUACAAUUUGAAGUCAUAUUGGACUCGCCUAACGGCUUGUCCAAUAUGACGUCAAACUGUGUGCUCGUUCAAAUAUAUCUCCGUAUUGUACAGUGAAACGUCUAAUAACCUAUAAGUUUUACACAUUCCUAAUUGUAUAAAAUAAUUUAUUCUAUGUUGAGCUUUUGCUAUAGGUAAUUAAUGAUUGAAAAUGAUCAUUUAUUUUAAAAUUGAGUUUAUACAUGAAACAUGAAAAAGGCAAAUUUACUUCAACACGUUCAAUAAGUAUUGAUGAAGAUGACACUUAAAAGUCUCUCCUAGAAUGAACUAGUACAUGAGCGAUUGCAUAUUAAAAGGGCGCUCUUAAAAGUAAAUCCAUGUCCAGAACAACAACCACGAAUUCAACCUGUAUCUGUAUCUUCUUUUGGAAACGUAUGUGAAACGUACUCUGAUUUUUUAUGGGUACACUUUAUUUUACGAAAUAAUUUAAGAAAUAUUCGUUGAUUUUGCGUGUUAAUGGGGCUUUAAAAGGAUCUGUCUGGUUAUGAUGUUUACGCAUUAAAACGCAAAACUCAUUAAUUUAUCGUGAUGAUAAAACUAUUUUGGUAAAUUUACAUUUGCGACACGGAUUCAGUUCACAUGGACCGAAGUAUGGUGCAACGUAGCAAUAGUAUGGAUCAUUAAGACGAAACGAACACAUAAUGUUUAAUAUAUGUUGUCACAAGAUUUAUUAUCGAAUUAUCGGGUAAAUACAGUUUCAUGCAAUUGAAGUGCACGUUUUGCAGCAAUAAAACGAAACUUAAACAUGCUUUUUACAUAACUUCACGAAAUUUAUUAUCUAUCCCGCCUGUUUAAUGUUUUAAGAAAAAAAGUGCGCGUUUUGCAACACUGCGUUUUGCAAGAUAGAUUCUAUAUUUGAGAUAUGAAUCAAAUCAAAUCAUCAAAUAAAUUUUAUUUUGAGUCGGCAAGACAAUAACAAAUAAAUGAGUAAAAUACACAUAAAAUAAUUCGUUGGAACGAAAGCACUUGCAUGGAACAUCAAAUUUACUGCAGUUUGCAUUUUAGAAGCUAACAUGUAUUUAAUGUUCAUGCCAUUGAGCAUUAAAUAUAGGGGACUUAAAAUGAUAGCUACAUUCGUUUCAAGUUACCGAAUUAAUAUACGUACCAAGAUAGCUACAUUCGUUUCAAGUUACCGAAUUAAUAUACGUACCAUCACUAAAAGUAUGCUUCAGUUAAGCUUUAUUUAAUUUAAUUCUUGCAUAGUUGAUAAGUCUACUUAUUGUUUAAUUAAUUUAGCUUACCGUACCUAAUAUAGCUUGAAUAGCGAUUUUUUUGAACUUAUAGAAGGUUUAAACGAAUAUUGUCAUAUAUCGGGACGCCGGGACAAUCACCCAAAUCACGGUCCCGUCGAGAUCGGGCAUGUAUGUUUUAAUUCCGUUAUCCAUUUAUCUAAUCAAUGAUUAUCUAAUCAGAAUUUAUUUUCUCAAAUUUUUACCAAUGAAAUCGUCGUGGUUCUUAAUUCAAAAAAAUAAUAAUAGCGAAACCAAAAGCAUACAUAUGAUCGAUGGCAAGUAAUCCAAUUCAAUUAGUAGUAUUGAAAUAAAUUAUAAUUACGGUAAUGUCUUUUUCUGAAAUAUCUUACAUCUUAUGAAACUAAACAGUAUUUAUUUAAAAAAGAAGAGCAUAAUAAUCAAUGAUCUUAAACAAAUGAAUAUUACUCUAUCCAACUUUUCAAAGAUGCACAUAAUAAACGAUGUAUAGUUGCAUUUGUGGCAAACAGGAAUAUAAAUUUGCUGCGGACGGUCAUAGGUUCGGACAUUUUAAUAUAAGGUUUAAAAAUCGAAUAUUCGAAUAAUGACAAACGAAUAUUCGAAUAUGAUUUCCAGUAUUCGUUCCCGUCCCUAAUAAAAAGACAUUAUUUGCCGACCAAAAACUCAAACGAAAAUAUCCACGCAAAUUAUAGGUAGCAUGAAACAAUGUAUACUAGCCCUCUACCAUCUUGCAUUAAACUAUGAUUUUGUGGUCAAAACCGGCCACACCCAUUGGGUCAUACAUUUUAUGUAGACAAACAUAGCAGAAUAACUUAAAUCCUUGAAUCUGAAAUGGGCAAUGUCCGAAGGUUUAAUGUUUGGUUUUUUACUGUGCGGACUUCCCCUCUACAAAAAAUCAAAUCAUGCACCUACGGUCAUAAUGGACCAUGUCCAGCUCGCAUAUUACAUUGUUACACCUUGCUAUAACCUGCAGACGGGGCGGGGGGGGGGGGGGGGAAUUCGUCGCUACUGUGACAAGCUCUAGUUUUAAAGUAGAUUGCAAUAUUUCUCAUUGCCAGCCAGACUACCAGUUAAGUUGUUAACAUUAUACAUUCGCUAAACAUCAUGCCGAGAACUUGUAUGUAGUGCUAAUAAAUUAUUGUUACUUAAUUUAGUUUUAUUUUGAAAAAAAGCUUCACUGGCCACGCGUCAGUGCACUUA